AUGACUCAAGAGAAUCCUCUGAACACUCAGGAAGAACAACCUGGGGAAACUGAGGGUCCCCCUGAGAAUGAACAACCAAAUGACCAACCGGAGCCUUCUCACAGAAAUGAGAAUAGGAGGCGACCCGUGACCAGGGAACAGGAAAUCCCCAGUGAAAAUAAGGGAAAUCUCGGGACUGAACUUGGGACAGGUGGGUUGCCACCGAGACAUUGCCAACAUCCUUUUUGCACCAAUACGGAAGGGGCACGUGCAAACCCCUGUAGGGGCCAUGCAACGACCCAUACCCAAGGGAGAAGGACGGGACGUGAUGAGGCGAGUGUCAGCUCAGGUUGCACAAGAACCCAUAGUCGAUCAACGCGAGGGGGAGACGAAACGCAUCGCAAUACUAAUCGAGAAACUACAGGCACGAGUAGAACUCAAAGUUACUCAAGGACGAGGUCCAUGAAUAGGACAAGAUCCAUGAGCAGGACGAGGUCCAUGAGUAGGACGAGGUCCGUUAGUAACUAUAACCAGCAACAACGAGACCUUCAUAAUCACUUGAACAAAAAAAAAUCUGAUCUUCGCCAACAGCUCGGUCAAAAGUAA